AUGGCGGAAAAACUUCACGCGUGUCUCGUUCAGUACUUCGCGCGGUUGGAGAAGCUCAAUCAUAAAUGGCAAGAAUUAUCAAAAAACGCCGAAAUACCACUUAUGGCUCUGGCUAAUCAGGCUGAACAGUUCCGAAGUAUUAUUACGAACCCAAGUACGGAGAGUACAGAGAAUGCUAUGCAUAAAGAGAUGUUGGAAAGAUUUAUAUUCAAUAUUCUCAUGCGUAUGGAGGAUGAAGUCAGGCUGCUCUUGAAUAUCCUGACCCAAUUUAAUGACGCCAAUCAGAACUUGAAGAAUUACCUGGACAACUUGGAGAAUGCCAGGAGCAAAAUAUCCUUAAAGGAUGAAGCGACGCAAGAAUUAAUUAACGGAACGCCUCAUCGACCAAGGCUCAAUAUGCUUCUAAUUUGGGCCGUGGAGAGUUUCCAGUUUUAUCAUAAGAUGUAUCUUCAAAUCAAGGAUUCUAUGAAUUUGCUUGAUUAUAAAGCAAAAGACACCAUUGACAAUUUAAUUUCUUCUUUCAAAGAAGACAAACGCGGGAGGAAGAAUACGAAUAGAAUACUCGCUUUUACGCAGUUCUUAGCUAAAGAGACUCUUCGUCAGAAAGGCAAAGAUACAAGAAGACAUCGGAGACAAUUGCAGAGAAACAUAACUAAUAAAAAUUGAUGAAGAUAUAUCUCUUUAUAA